CUUAAAGGUGCUAUCACUUCGACAUGCAUACCAACUGAUUCCAACAAAAAAAGAAGAAGAAUCAACUUGACAAAUCCAAUCAAAACAAAAACAAAGAGCACGUGUAAACAAAAUCAAUAGCUCGCAUAAUAAAUAAAAAUGACAAAUCUACGCAAGGAACUCGAGAAAUGUAAACAUCCCAACAGUCGCAAAACCAAGGCUCUGAGUAAGAAAGCCCGACGCCAAAAUAACAAACAUAAACAGCGACUGGGACAUGCCAUUAAAUCCAAUUUAAUGGGAGAAAAGUUGACAUGGUUUCUGGAACACAUCGAGGAAGGACGUAAAAAUCCACUGACACCUGUUGAAUUUGAAGAACUUAUUGAACUGUAUUUGAAACGCUUUGGCGAGGAACUUGAACAGAUUGCAUUGAAGCAAUCCAUUAGCAAAAAUAGAGCCAAUCAACACAAAGCCCGGCAAGAUGUCAUUAAGAUCACACUGGAAAAGGAGAUCAAUGAGUACAAGGCUGGUGGAAUGGAAAUGUUAAACCUUUGCGAUCCAUUCAAAUUUAAAUCACUAUUGGAUUGGGAUGGCAGUGCCAUCAAUGUACAACAUUUAAAAUUGGAUUUAGUGUCGCACAAUAUGCUGCAGAGGCUUAAAAAAGAAUACGAAAAAUCCAAAGAAGCCAACUCUGAAGCCACCACAUCAGCUAGCCAACAAUCUGAAGAAGUCAUGGAAACAUCGUAGUUAAAAAUAUAGAUUAAUUUUUAAGACCAAAUAAUGUUGUUUUAAUGUACAAUUAAAAACUGGAAAAUAAAAUUAGCUUAAUCUCCUCUUAUAA